AUGGUGCUCAUCUUAUUGCUCUACGCGCUUCUUCUACCCAGAUUUUCUACUGACCACGUCAAGUUCUUUGGACGAUACGCAUGCAAUGUGGACUUUGAAAAUGAUUACUGUACUUCGGAUACCUACGUGGGAUUGGCUUUCUACUACGGCUUGCAAGAUGGUGGUGGUAUUCAUAAGAAUGGCACAUUUCUCAAUUCAAAUAUCAAAGUUGAGUAUUACGAUCCAACUGUACAAGGAAAGUUUCCGAAGGGAGAUCAAACAGGAAACUAUAUGUCGUGA